UAUUACUCAUGCAAAUGGCGACUUCUCGUAGGCAUUCAUCUAUGGACGGUUCGUGAAGACGACUGCGGGCUGAUUCUCUUGCUUCGUCUGGUCUAUUUUCAUACCAUAUUUUCUUGGAUUGUACAUUUGUGUGUCUCAUGUGAUCAACAUGGUUUCUCUCUGCCGGAUUAUAUCGUUGUUGUGUGUCGGCGUGUGUGUGAUAGCCUGUGCGCUUGCCUCAGCACCAACUCAUAGACAUCAGGGAAAAGAAUGUGGACGGGUUCAACGCGAAUUUUCACACAAAAAAAUAGGCUCACAUAAUCUUGUACCCGAUAACAAAGUACAUGAUUCAGGUGUGUCUGUAUGUUUCAAUGGUAAAGAACUUAAGCACCACAAAUCGUGCUGCACGAAAGCUACAGAGGAGAAAUAUGUGAAGGCUGCAGAGAGAUAUUUAAAAGACAGUCUCCGAUCAACCAAUGCAUAUUUGAAGAAGCUGGUGAUGGAGAGUUUGGCACGGUUUCAAGAGAGGAUACUUGAUAUACUGGAGGAGGCCCAGAACCGGACCGCAGUCAUCCUCACCCGUGUCCACAACAUCCCGUGGAAUGAGCACCACGGUACAGUCAGCGACUUCUUCCUGGACAUGGAGCAGUAUGCCCGCCGCCAGCACGUCAACCUCCAGGACUCGGUCCAGACCUUCUUCACCGAACUGUUCCCAUCUGUCUUCUACUUCAUCCUCAGUGACCCCACCGUCAUACGCUACGACGACCACUACCGCAGCUGUUUGUUGCAGGCUGAAGAAGAUGUCCAGCCUUUCGGCAACAUCCCUAAACAUCUUGCCCACAAGAUUGUCCAAGCUUUCCAAAGAGCACGGGCAUUUGUCAAUGCCUUGUCUGUGGUCACAGAAGCCAUUAAUUCCACGGAUCAUAUCAAGUUUGAUUACAACUGUCUAGAAGCUGCAACAAAGUUGCAAUACUGCUCACAUUGUCAAGGAUAUGUCGACGCAAAGCCUUGCCAUGGCUUCUGUUUGAAUGUUAUUGGAGGCUGUCUGGCAACUGAGUCUGAAAUAAGCCCGGCUUGGGAUGAUCUUAUAUCUGCAGUCAGAACUCUCACCAACGGCAUGAAGGAAACAUUCAGUCUGGAAGUAGUUUUAAGUGGUAUUCAUGAACAGAUUUCUGAAGGAAUACUUCAAGCAAUGGAUGAUGGACCAAGGAUUUACAAUAAGGUGAUGGAGAACUGCCAGAACCUGACCACCAGAUCUGUUCCAAAGGAUAAUGUAAAGAGGAGCUACGUCAUGUCCAAGCCCAAAUCCCGGCGGAGACCAGCCCCAACUUCCAGCCUGAUGGAGCAGCUGGAGACUGUCCUCAAGAAACUCAUGGACUCGCGUGGAAUCUACAAUCGCCUUUCCAACGAAAUCUGUGGUCAAGGCAUCAUCUAUGAACAGGAUAUGUCAAGCAGCAAGUGCUGGAAUGGAACUCACAUUGCACAGUAUACACGUAUUGUUCCUGAAUCGAGUUUCAUUGCACAGGCCAAGGCCAACCCAGAGGUGAAAGUUGAUGUGAGGCCAAACUAUGAUCUGCUGAAUGUUAAAGAAAAACUGAUCCAUAUGAGAAGGAACCUGAGCAUAUUGUUGAUGGAUGAGCAGAUGCAGGGAGACAGCCCUCAGGAGCUGUAUUCCAGUGGGGAGAGGAGGAUCAAGAACGAGAACAUUCACAUCAAUGACGAUGAUGAGGACCUGUAUGACCCCUCUGGCAGUGGUAGCGGGGAUGACAGUGUUGAUAAAGAUCCAGUUGCUCCAAGACCAACACCUCCAUACUCCCACAAGCCGAAGCCACCUACAGAUUCAGGAGCAUUAGUAACCAUGACCUGGUCAGUGAUUGCACUGUGUUACUGCCUGGCCCAGGUGGUUCAUGUGUGAGAGUGAGACCAACCAGGCUGCUGUCUGGAUGAUUGACACAUCUGUCAUAUUUCAAGCUGCAUUUUGAGAGACAAUUGAUAGACCCGAGGACAAACACAUAUGCAAUUCCCAGGAUGAAUACAAGGAACAGGCUGCUAUGACCUCUUCCGAGGCCUGUCUGUGAUAGAUUCUGAACUUAAGAAGAUGAUAUGAUAUCCAUUAGUAACCUCAGUCUGGUAUCAUCUCAGGAAAGUUAAAUUAUUACCUGUAAUGCCUUCAAACAAAUUUUUUUAAUUUAGCCAGAAAAAGAAAUUACUUGGCAUUUGUGACAAGGGAAACAUGGUUCUGAAGAUUGUGGAUCUGCCUCCGAGGGUUUGUCGUGUCAUGUGACUCUAUACAACUGCAGCUGAACUAUGUGUUAAUUAUUGUCACUUGGGAAAUAUUGGUGCUCGUUAUAUCCAUGGUGUGAAUAGUUGAUUCAACUAUGAAGAAAAUAUGUGACGGGGGUGGAACCCAAGACCUUGUGACGUGUAUGACAGACAGAUGUUAUCAAAACAAUUCCUUCUCUAAAAACGUUCAAGCUACACACUUGACAAACAUGACCAAAGUAAGGUCAGUGUCAAGGUGAAGGUCAUAUGAAAUGGGAGAUGGAUAACGUGGCAUUAGCCAUGAUAUUAAAGAUUUCAAAAUGACCUUUUCCAGGUGGAAUGUAGAUGGACGGAUUAAAAGCUGUCAAAUCUCUAGCUGAUUGAAGAAAGAAGUUAACUUUGUUGGGACGACUGAGUACAAUUGUGUGUCAUGGCAAAAUCCUGGACACUUAACACAUUUAGGUAUGAAAAACUGCUGGAUUAGAACCAUCCUUUGCAGCAAUAUAGAGGAAAUGUCCCUUCUUUGAAGCAAGGAAUCCACAGGUUGUCCAGAGAAUUAGAGUAACUGAUUGUCUCUGUGGGCUGCUCGGUGAAUGCUGAGAUCGUGAAAUUGAUGUCAUUUUGAAGUGAUUACAUGAAGUAUGUUUUAUUGGUGAUGAUUAGAUGUAUUUAUGUUUCAGUCCUUAUAAUUAUAACUGCAACUGCUAAAUUGAGUAUGUCCAUUUACAACAAAUACCUAAAAAAAAAGUAUGUAAAAAAUAUCCAGUAUACUACUCAUUUCAGUGCUAUUUUAUAUUGGAUUAUGUAGGUAGAUCCAUACAUGUAAGUUUGAGAUUAUUAUCAUAAGCAACUAUAUAGAGCAGUUAUACUGAUGAUUGUAAACUUUCCACAACAAAGAGGUUUUUUAUGUUCACUCUUGUUUCUGGCUUGACUGUUGAUGAAUGAAUGAAGACUUUUUAAAUGAAGAAUUUCAUAGUGUCAGAAUAUUGUGCUGUCUGCUGUUGAAGCAUGUGUAUCUUUUAAAUCUUAUUUUUCUAUCAAAUAGACAUUUCUACUGUAUGGUAUACUCAAAAACAAGCAUCAAAGUUGUUUGGGGUGUUUUCUAAUAUGUAAUCAAGCUUUUACAACAGACUUAGAAAAAUGCAACUGUCUCAGAAACUCUAAAAUAUCCACUUGAUGAAAAUAUUGACAGUUAAUUGAAAAUGUCUCCAGACGUUAAACGAUUUGUCUCAGCUGAUCAAAGGGAAGUAACUCUUAAAGACACCAUCAAGCCCUCAUUAAUAGGCCAGGUGGAAAUGUUAUGAUAUGAAUGUUUGUAGUUAUUAGAUUCAUAUGAAUACUAUUUAUUGUGGGCUAAUUUGUCAAGUUAUUUCUGAAAGGAUAGAAAAUAAAUCUAUUUUACUUUAGAAUGUCAUAAAGUGUGAGAUGCCAGAUCUCCCAUCUCUGCUUGUGAAGCGGAGUUGGAGGUUGUUUUAUAUAAUGUAUGAUGUGUUGUCUUAUACUGUAAUUUAAGCCUUGUUAAAUGAUGCCAAUAUCACAACUUUUUUGUUUAUUUUUCCUGUUGAUGAGUGUUUCAUGCUUGAUGAGCUGUACAAACUUUUUAAGCUUUUAAAUGUGAUUAUUAUUAGGGUUUAAGAGAGAAAAAAGACUGUCUUUAUGUGCAAGUGGUUUGAUUUUUGCCUGUUUGCAUGCUUGUCUCAAACUAGUGAUCAAGUUGUGAUGUUGUAAACGAAUCUGUCUUUGUAAAUAUUUCAAACUUAUCUCAUAGGAAUCAGAUAUUUUUUCACAUUAGUCUUUACAAUGGAUAACCUGUGUAUCUACUGUUACAGGAAAAUAUUAUGUCAGUUCAGCAUGUCACUGUUGCAGAAAGGUAUCAAUAUUGCCAUUAAAGAAAUUGAAGACUUGUAGAAUUUUUCUCCAAUAAUUUAUGGCCAUUUUAUGGAUUUUGUUUUGUUGAAUUUCCUUGAUGCACCAAUGAGGCAAGAACCUCGCUUUUGUAAAUGUCCUCAACUGUUUUGUCAAAUCACCAAGUGCCAUUGUCUGUAGUAUCAUUUCAUAAUGUCAUUGUGCAUAGCGCUUGGAGCUUAUAGGUUGUCCUAAAAGUAUCAAAACUGUUUCAAGGGAAAAUCUGUCUUAGUUGCGAACUGUUUUAACUCUGAAUGGCCGUUUUGUGUUUGUGUUGAAUGUCAAUCGGACCAUGCUGCAAUGGAAUAAAGAUGCUCUCUCUCUAUAUAUUUUUUCAUGUAUGAAGUAUCAAACAGAAGUUUGGAAGUCAAGGCUUUGAUCUCUUUACAAGCUUUUGUGUGAAAUUUUAAUCAAUUUUUUAAAGAAGUAAAUCUGUUUCAACAGUACAACAGUAAGGGGGUUGUUUUGUAUCUUUUGUAAGAAGUCUUUCAAGGAAGUUUUAUUGCAUCAUGUCUUAUAUUUUUUUAAUCACUCAACUUUUGCAAUUAGUCCUAGUUAUAUAUAUAUCUCUGCUUUUAAUCCCUGUUUAAACUUUGUGCAAAUAAAAGCUUUGUGAUAUGCGUUCAGCAAUUGCUGUAUUUGUAAGUAUUUGGUUACAUUAUAUGUGUUCCUUAUUUGACGAAGGUGUAUUUCAUAUAGAUAUCACUGGCCAGAUUAGCUUAUCUAGGUGGCUAAGUUUCCUUUAAUCCCACAAAUUUCCAAGUACAUCAUUCAGAGAUGAUAUGGAAAUCAGGUCCUGCUGAAUGUGCAAUUUGUGAAAGUUGAAUCAUGAAACAAAGUAAUGACAACCGGAUAGUGUGAUUGACAUCUGGUUCUUGUAUUCAUAUUUGUCUGAUUCUGGUAUCUUUGUGUGAUUGAUAAUCUGAGAUAUAUAAUGAUAAUGAAGAUUGAUUAUCUGAGAUACAUAACCAUGGUUGACUAUCUGAGUUAUAUUACAGUGAUUGGUUAUAAUACAAUUUUUGAUUUGUGGGAAUGAAGAAAACUAAAGCUUUGACUGCCUUGUGUAACAGAUUAGUUUCAACAUGCUGUAGUUACUGAACAUUCCUCAUUAAAACAAACUCAGUUAAGAGCUGUCAAUUUGUUCUAUGGGUUCGAUAUUAUUGAUUUGGAUAGUGAAAAGAUUUCAAGAUAUUUCAAUUUUUAUAUAAAAUUAGUCAAACUAUAAAUAUUUGACAUUCAUGUUUCCUUAAAAAUGGUAAUGAAAUGAUUUGUUUAUAUCUAAAGCUUGUGUCAGAAAAUACUCAACCCUAUUCAACGAACCUGUUCACACAUUGUUAGCUUGCCCUCUCAAUUAAAGGGAGGUAACUGCAAUCUGGCCUCAGCUAAGGGGAUUCCCCUACCAUGCUUUAUGCAUAAUUGUACAUACUGUUGUUCUGGCAGACAGGAGUGUUUCACAUAGAAUAUGAAAUAAAGGCAGUCUCACCACAUAAAA